AUGACAGAUGAUACUAUCGAACAGGAAUAUCAGGAAUUUGAACACAUCCCAAGGGUGGCACGAAGGCCCCCCGUGGUACUGGUUAACCGUAACCAGGAUCCAGACCAGGCUAUUCGACAAGUUCGACACGAUGCAGCCAUGGGGGAACAAAACUUAGAGGCUAUCGUCGAACGGAUCAUAGUGCGAAAUGGAGUAAGUCCUUACCUCCAGCGGCUGACGUACUCUUCGUCUCUACCAGAUUUUGUCUUACAAACAAAAUUGCCAAGGGGAUGGAAAGUCCCUAAAUUUACUAAGUUCGCUGGGGAUACUAAAGAAUCCACCGUCGAGCACGUGGCAAGGUACCAAACUGAGGCUGGCAAUAUAGCGAACAAUGAGGAUUUGAAGUUAAAAUACUUCCCAAGUUCUCUGACAAAAAACGUGUUUACAUGGUUCACGAUGCUACCUCCACAGUCGAUCCAAACAUGGACACAAUUAGAGAGGUUGUUCCAUGAACAAUUUUACAUGGGACAAUCAAAGAUCAACCUCAAAGAACUAGCUAGCGUUAAGCAAAAGGUUGUUGAAUCAAUUGAUCAGUAUCUGAAUAGGUUUAGACUGCUGAAAGCAUGA